AUGAAUCCUCACAAUCCCCACCAACCGCAAUACCCACCGCUACCUUAUGGGGCCACUCCGCCUGGCGCCCCAGCCCAUAACCCUUCAAUACGUGCUGCUUUUAACAAUGCCUACUCGACCACGAACUCGCCCACCAACGCCACCUUCCAGCAAGCUGCUGCCUAUCUAGAGGGCAACUACGAUGAUGACGGAGACGACCGCGCAAAUGACCACGACCAUGACAAUGACCACGAUCAGGGUCAGGGCGAUCCUAAGCGCCGUCGCAUAGCACGCGCAUGUGAUAUGUGUCGCAAGAAGAAGAUCAAAUGCGAUGGCAAAAUGCCCAAAUGCUCACACUGUCAGAACUACAAGACUGAAUGUAUCUUCACUCAGGUAGAGAAGAAGCGUCAGCCACCCAAGGGCGCAAAGUACAUCGAGGGCUUGGAGAACAGACUUGCGCGUAUGGAAGGUCUGCUGAAGAUGUCAGGUCUGCUAGGUGAAGAUGACGGUGGAAAGACUGAUCUCGGCACGCUUGAGAAGCGCCUGGCAGACAGACAAGCUGUUGGCUCUGGGUUCGCGUCCCCAGUCUCGCCCCACGUCGGUGAUGGCUCAACCUCUGCCCAUCCAACUCCGCCCACUGGUGUCACUAGCCCUCAGUCCGGUGCGGUGCCUCAGAACGGCCAACCGCAGGCUCAAGACAAGGCUGCUGAAGGCCUGGCAGAUCAGAUGUGUUCGCUCGUCACCAACAAUGCUGGAGAGACACGUUAUAUCGGCUCCUCCUCUGGCUUUUCCAUCUUCUCGCCCAAGGGAAUACAAUGGGUAAACGAAAAGACUGGAGACUCUUCUUUCCGCGACAUGAUCACACAGGCAGCUACUGACGACAGGGCAUGGGCUACCUGGAAACCAGAAAUCUUCGACGACAUCUUUUCUCGCAAAAUCUAUAGGCCUCUGCCUCCAAAACCUGAAGCUCUCGCCCUGCUGAAGGACUUCUUCGAUAACUUCAACUGCGUGUUUCCCUUGUUUCAUGAGCCAACUUUUAUGCAUCUCGUCGACAAACACUAUUCGCUCGACCCAUACGAAGGUUCUGGUUGGUGGGCCAGCUUGAACGUUGCGCUUGCCAUCUCCCACAGACUUCGGAUCAUAGGUGAAGAUGAUGCUCGACUUGAGGAUGCAAAGGCUUGGGGUUAUCUGAAAAACGCCUUGGCUGUCUUUUCCGAAUUGACAAUGCGAAACAACGAUCUGCUCAGUGUUCAGGCUCUGCUAGGCAUGGCCCUCUUCAUGCAAGGUACACCCAAUCCACAACCUGGCUUCUUCCUCGUCGCAGCAGCAAUUCGACUAGCGCAUAGCAUUGGUCUUCACAAACGUGGGUCUGACUUCAAUCUCAAUGAGAUUGAAUCUGAACAGAGGAAACGUGUCUUCUGGAUUGGUUACCUUAUGGACAAAGACAUUUGUCUUCGUUCUGGCAGGCCCCCUAUCCAGGAUGACGACGACAUGAACGUUGAGCUUCCUAGUGAAAACCCACCAGACAACAUCGGUGUUGUGUCGUUGGGAGAUGGCAAGGGCAAGGUCAAUCUUUUCCGGAUACAAUGUACUUUUGCCUUGAUCCAGUCCAAGGUCUACAAGCUACUCUACUCGGUCAAGGCUGCUCGCCAAACAGAUGGCGAACUAUUGAACACGAUUGGGGAUCUCGACCAGGAACUAGAAGAGUGGAAAGACUCUAUUCCUCUCGAGUUCCGUCCGGAGCAUGAGAUCAAGAUGCCCAGCGAAUCACCAAUGAUGCUGCAUAUCGUUGUGAUGCAUUUUGCUUACUACAACUGUCUUACGACCAUCCAUCGGAUGUCGGUUCAUCAUGGCUACUGGACGUCACGACUAUCAAAUUAUGCCAUUGCUGGUCUGAAUGCGCGUCCGCUCAAUCCACGUGUGUUCAUGUCGGCGGCGUUAUGUGUGAACGCCGCACGAACAUCCAUCUCGCUCGUCAAGUUCAUUCCUAGUCGGGAUCAUGCUUGUGUCUGGCUUCUGGUGUACUAUCCCGUAUCUGCGCUUGUCACACUGUUCGCCAAUAUUCUGCAAAAUCCACAAGAUGCUAGAGCCCGCUCCGAUCUUAAGCUUAUGAACUCCAUGACGGAGUUCUUGCAGAUGCUAUGCAACGAAGACGGCAAUAUUCAUUGUCGAAGAAUGGCCUCGAUUUGCAAAGAGUUUGAGCGCAUCGCUAGAGUGGUCCUUGACAAGGCUGAAAGAGAUAUGAAGGGCAGGGGCAAGAGAAAGAACAGAGAGGGCGACCCGGCUGCACAAUCUGCUCAACGCUCGACGUCUCAGCCGGCGCAAGCGCAAAGAACACCAAGUUUGCCUGCCUCAGCCCUACCUGGACGAACGUCAACGGCAUCUCCAUCUUUUGGGCAAAUGCAACGCCAACCCGGACAUCCCUCAUCCAUGGGACAAAUACCCUUUACAGCAUCCUCAAACACAUCCCCUUACCAAGCUACCAGCAUGGCACCAGAGCCCUGGAUGCAGAGUGCUCCACCCGCACCAGGAAACAUGUUCACUCAAGCCGACAACCGGUUUGCACAAACAUUCCCGCAAGAUACCAACUUUGACAUGCAAGGCUAUGGCAUGGGACCUAUGGGUUCAGAUCUAGGUGGUAGCUUCCAACAGCCCUUUGUACCGCAGGACCUGUGGCAGAUGCCUAUGACGUUGGAAUGGGACUGGGCCGAUUUCUUUGGCACGGGGCCUGGCUUUGAUCUCAACGAUCCCACUGGAGGCGGAUCUCGUCGCUGA